ACUGCAGUCCGCAGCCAGCUAAGCAUUCUUCCCCUGUGAAUAUUUGCGGUUUGUGCAGUCAAGAUGAGUGGUGUUGUGGUAAAGAACAUGUCCUUCAAGGUGGGCCAGACCCUGACCAUCACAGGGAUCCCUAACUCUGACGCCACACAUUUUGUCAUCAACGUGGGCAACAGUGAGGAUGACCUCGCCUUGCACAUGAACCCUCGCUUCGACGCCCACGGAGACACCCGGGCCGUGGUGUGUAACUCCUACCAUGGAGGCAAGUGGUGUGAGGAGCACAGAGAGGGAGGAUUCCCCUUCAACCAGGGAGAGGAGUUUAAGAUAAAUAUCACCUUCACCAAGGAGCAGUUCCUAGUUUCUUUUCCCGACGGCUCUGAGAUCCACUUCCCCAAUCGCCAAGGAGACGAGAAGUAUAAAUACAUGCACUUCGAGGGCGACGUCAGGAUCCAGGGCGUCGAGAUCAAGUAGACCAGUCAGAGUGGAGAAGAAUCCUCCAUUAGGCACUCAAUUGGAUCUUUAGCUUUCUUGUCUGGCUGCUCAUUGGCUUUCCAGAGGUCCACACACACACACACACACACACACACACACACACACACACACACACACACACACACACACACACACACACACACACACACACACACACACACACACACACACACACACACACACACACACAAGCCUUAUCCUCUGUUUUUUACUCACUCACCAUAGUUUUAAGUUAGUUUUAAUGCUGCCAUUCCUAACCGAUGGAUGGAGCCACUAACAAGUGAAACCUACAAGUAAAAUAGAUAUUUUACAGGAGCAGCACAUUACAAGCUUGGAAGUGUUGAAAUGUGAAAGUUACCUGGGAGUUAAAUUAAUAUCAAUUGUUUUUUUGAAGAUAAAUGUGUCUUUCAUUAAUGUGGAACAAUCAUUCCAGAUCAUUCCAGAAGUGGUUUAAGAAAAGUGCAAAAAUAUUUGUUCAUUAAAAUGAUAUUUUUUUGAACCAUU